AUGUCUCAUGUGGAAGAAGCCGCCCGCCAGCUAUCCAAACGGGGUUCAACCCUCUAUGCAGUGCUGGAGGUUAAGAAGGGUGCCUCACUUAAAGAGAUCAAGAGAGCCUACAGCCAUUCUCCAUCCCCCCACCCUCCUUUUGGGUACUGCUUGGGUAGGAGACUGGCCUUGCAGUACCAUCCAGACAAGAAUCCAGACAACCCUCAAGCAGAAGAAAUCUUCAAAGAGAUCAACACAGCCCAUGCUAUACUGAGUGAUCCUAAGAAGCGGGAAAUCUAUGACCAGCAUGGCUCAUUGGGAGUAUACCUGUAUGAACAUUUUGGUGAAAGUGGUGUCAGAUACUAUUUCACAGUGCACAGUUGUUGGUUCAAGACACUCAUUGUCCUGUGUACACUGUUAACUUGCUGUUGCUGCUGCUGCUGCUGCUGCUUUUGCUGUGGAACACUUAAACCACCACCUGAGGAGGAUUUCGGAGAAUAUCCACCAGAUGUCCAUACUCAGCCUUCAAAGGCAGGUGCUGGCCCAGUGAGGGUGCCCGCUGCUGUUCGACUAGUCUGCUGGACACAUUGAAGAGAGAAGCAGGAAGCGCUGUGCUGACAC